CACGCAAAGAAGGAGACAAGAGAGCCCAACAAGUCAAGAUACAAUGGAAAAAGGCUCUAAGUGUCUUGAGACAUAUAGGCUCUAUAUGUCUUGAGACAUAUUGAGGGAGCUAUGAGGUCUACAUGAAAUCUAAAGAUUUAGUAGUACAAGGAAAGAAGAAAGAAAGUGGAUUCUUUAAGUUAUUAUCUAUAAAUCUCUCUCUAUGUAUUUGGCAUCACUAUUUAAUUAGGAUCAAAAUGCAGAGAGGGAGGGAUCCUCUGAUAGUAGGGAGAGUGAUUGGGGAUGUGUUGGAUCCAUUCACAAGGAGCGUGCCCUUUAGAGUUGUUUAUAGCUCAAGGGAGAUUAGCAAUGGGUGCGAGCUUAAGCCCUCAGCUGUUGUUGACCAGCCUAGGGUUGAGGUUGGAGGGCAUGACAUGAGGACUUUCUACACGCUUGUCAUGGUAGACCCCGACGCUCCAAGUCCAAGCAACCCAAACCUAAGGGAGUAUUUGCACAGGAUGAAAACAUAUGGAAAAGGCAACCAUUUUCAAUGGAGAGAAAAUGACUGUGCAUCGCGGGUGAAUCUGGUUGGUGACAGAUAUUCCAGCAACUACAGGAGCAACAUUUGGUGAGAACAAUUAUCUUCCUUACCAACAUGGGUCCAAUCUACCUUUUAAUAAGGGUUAAUCGCUGAGAGACCCUCUGUACUAUCGCCCAAUUGCUGAUGUCGUAGUUCUAUUGUUGCGAAUCGACCCGAGCAAAAUUUUUUUUGCUCUUUUACGUACCCUCAGAAGGUCUAUUUAUCAAAACUAAAUUUCUCUUCCCUGCGCGGUAAAGAGCCAAAA